CUUCACGAAACAUUUGUUAUUUAUAGUCGAAAACCUAAUUAAUAAGUUAAUAAAUAAAUUAAUCCGUUUUGCUAAAAUUUGGAUAAAUGAAUAUUUUUGUCUGCUUCAACUUUAUUGCGCCGAUCGGAUCAAGCCCCGUCAGUAAAAAUGUGUAACACGUCACUUAUAAUACACGCAGGAAAAGCAUUAGGAAGACUUAAAGGUUUAAAAGAAACAGGUUUGUUGAAUCAUCAAAGAAGGAGUCAAAACAUAAAAUCUCUGAUUUACUGUAAAUAAAAUUGGCAUCGUUAGCAAAGGAAGUUUCAUUAAAAGAAAUCUAAUUCUACAGUAUAUUCCUUCGAUGACAUGUGCGGUCAAUGGAAGACGAAGAUCGAAAGUAUAAUGAAAUUAUAAUGAUGAGACAAUUGCAACGAGACGAACGAGGCAAAUAUUGUUUGAAUCAAAAUUCACAAACUGAUACCAUCAGGGAUUCUGCUAAUCAGGAAUUGAUGUCUACCGCAAUACUGGGAACAAAGAAUAGAGCCGAGACUAAACAACAGACACUAAUUAGAGUGUGCUGAAAGAAAUUUGAAGACGGGAGAAGAAUUUAAAAUUAAGACAAAAGGAUUACAUUGGAUUACAGGUAGAAAUUUUUACGAUUGUUAGAGAAAAGACUAUUUCAUAAAUAGUUAAUGUUGCCGAAUUAGAAGAGGAAAUGGAAAUUCAUUGUUUACUCGAUAAAAUGAAGCGAUGAUUGUCAGUUGAUUUUGAUGAUUUCCAGUUGAAAAAUAAUAGAAGAUAAUCAAAAAUGAGUUUACAGUGGACGUUAAUUGCAUCUUUUCUUUACAUAGAAAUAUUCAUUGUUUUAUUGCUGGUUCUGCCAGUCGCUUCUCCCAGAAGAUGGCAGAAACUUUUCAGAUCACGAUUUCUUCAAAGCCUGAGCAAUCAAGCGUCAAUGUAUUUUCUCGUAUUGCUCGCAAUUUUAGUACUCUUUCUACUAGAUGCUAUUAGAGAAAUGCGAAAGUACUCGAAUAUGGAGGGCGGAGAACAUGCCCACGCUCAUUUGGAUGCAGAAAUGCAAGGCAACAUGAGAUUAUUUCGAGCUCAAAGGAAUUUCUAUAUAUCUGGAUUUGCACUAUUCUUAAGUUUAGUGAUUCGACGUCUGGUGUUAUUGAUUUCAACGCAAGCAUCGUUAUUGGCACAAAGUGAAGCAGCAAUGAGGCAAGCAGAAUCAGCAACGACAACGGCAAGAACUCUUUUGUCACAGAAAACAACUGGAGAAAGUGCCCAAAAUGAAUCAAAUGAAGCCUAUGACAAAGCAGUGUCAGAAUUGAAGACUCAAAUCAAGGAACUUGAGAUAAAAAACACUGAACUUGAAAGUGAAUUAACCAAGGAGAAGAAGGACAAGUCUGCAGUUAAAUCGCAGGCCGAUUCCCUCGCUAAAGAAUACGAUCGUCUAAAUGAAGAACAUUCAAAGUUACUUCAAACUGGUAGCGACAAAAAGAGCGAUUAAUUCACAUUUAUUCCUUCCAUUAUGUUAAUUUUGUUUUUUCUUUACACGGUUUGUACAAUUUUUAUCACAUUCUUACUUUUUGUUAUUUAAUUUAAUUUUCCUUCAUUCAUACUUGUGUUGGUAUCAUGUUAGUAUAUCACAAUUUUUAACAUUCGCAUAAAAGUAUUUAUUAUCAGUUGAUUUGCUUAAAACUGUGUCAAUUCUUUAAAUGGACAUUGAUUUGAAACAGAUUUUUUUCUUCGAAUUUUAUAUACACACAUUUAAAUAUAGUUGAGCCUAAAGAACUUAGCGUUACUUAUAAACUUGCGUGGGGUUUGAUAAAAACAAAAUAUAUCCAUUUAAUAUCAACAAUAAGACUUAAUAUAGACACUGGAAAUUUCCAUUCGUUAUAUUAUAAAUUUAUUAUAAAAUAUUGGGCAUUAUAUUGUUGUUUCAUGAAAAGCAAUUUUUUUUAUAUAAAAGAAAAUUAUAAAAAUAAAUAGUAGUUUAACAGAAAUUAAAAGAUAAUAAUUAAAAAGAAAUUCUUCCUCUAAGAGAUACAUUUGAGUCGAAAUGUUUCAAUUUCGCAAAAAAGCGUGUAUCAAAAACUUGAGUGUAAUUAUUAUGCCACGAAUCAAAAAUUCGAAUAUUUUUUUUCAACUUUUAGAAAUGUAAUUCUAUUUUUAUAAAAUUGUCUUAAUUGGAAAUUAUGAAUCUCUCAAUUCAUAAAACAAUUAAACUCUCCGGUUAAAUUAAACGUUCUUCAAUUGAAUUAACACGUGCCUGUGAUUCCUGUAACAUAAUAUAGUAUAUAAUGUAAUCAUUUUGAAUUAAAAAUAUGUUUUAAAACGA